GCUGUAUCGUUAACUUGAGUUACGCUGCCUGCUGAAAAAGCUUGAAAACUUCCCUCGAGUGUUGACAAGCAAAGAAAGAGACUGAUCUAUCAGCUGAAAUGCAAGAGUUGAGUCACAUCUAAAACAUUCGACUGCUGUGGAGAAUGCAUUUGACCAGGCCAAAGUCCUCGAAAGGGCGUAGUCGACCCAACCUGAGCCACACGCCAAACAUGGAUGUGGCUGACAGCUUCCACAACACACCACUGAUCCCGAAGCCUCCUUCAAUGGGCUACGACAGGUCAGAUCGUUGCCUCCGCUCCCGCUCUCAAUCCCUCUUCAGGCAGAGCAGCCAGCUGAGCGUGAAACAAGACCCAGACUACCUAGAUACUGUUCCCAAGGUACCCUCUCUUCCCUUCCCUUGGAACAAAUACAAGCCCCUCCCCUCUAUUGAGAAGAAGACGUCAGAGGAGGGUAUCUCUUUGAGGGGCAUGGAGGAGAAGACAUCCAAGCUCAGUCUGUCCGACAGCCUCAUUGUCCAGGCUCGGCAAGGGCACGGGGAGCAGCAGCUGUCCUCAGUGAGGACCCGAGCAGAAUCCCAGAGCAACCCGGAGAUAGGCAACGUGUCAGAGGUGCUUUGCAAGGUCUGCCCCACUCCCAACCUCAGCGUGAUGGCCACAACCCCAGAGGCAGAAAACCCAUCAGUAUUCUCCCCUGGCACUCCUGAUCCUUUGAGCUUACUCCUUGCCAUCCGGGCUCCGUGUGGUAGGAGGUUUGAGUACCACUUCCUACCCACAGACACCCUACUGACGGUGCUUGCCAGUGCAGAGGCCAGGUAUGGGGCCAGAUAUGAGCAUGGUUACAUUGAGAUCGUGGAUGGCUACAUUAAGAGUGUUGUGGAUAGACCCCUCCGAAGGACAUUCACAGACCUGAACAUGACUUUGGCCCAAUGUGGCAUCUUAAAUAGAUCAGUACUGUGCAUCUUUCAGGAGGAUAUGGACUCUGCCUGAACUCAAGAUGGAUGACACAGUAUAACAACAAACAUUAAAGUUAUGACAAGUAGGCCUAUAUAUUAUAUUAACAAUGAAGCCAUAUGUUUUUAGAGGAGAGUGCUUGUUUCCAUUGUAAAGAGGAGCUUAGGAAGGUGUGUUUUGCGUUUAAGGUUUUAAAAAAUAAAAUUAAAAUAGCCUUUUCUCACAGCCACUGUGCCACAAAAUAAGCCCAGACAGACAUACUUUAGGUAAGUAAUCUUUAUUACAAUCACCAUUUAGAAAUGAUAAAACCAAAAAAAGUGCAGAAAGUAGAAGAGAAGAGAUUCAGCAGAGGCUAUUUUAGCUUUCAUAGCCAAGGUAAACACUAAACUCUUGUUUAGUUCAAGCAGUCCAAAUAUAAAUCAUAUUCACUGGAGGUAGAAAAACAAUUCAAUGGUGUUUUGCUCAAUAAAGCUUUACCUCUUGAAAUAGAUCUAAUAUUUAUUCCUAACCACUUAGGUAUAUUCCAUACAAUAUUAUUUUACUUGGUAAAAGUGACCAACUUCUGUCAGGUGACAGAAUAAGCUUGAAUGUGACUGAACAAAACUUGUUUCCACUGAAACAACCUCCUGCAAUAGAGAUUUGCAGAACCUAUUGGGGAAAAAAAUUAAAUAAGAGGGAGCAACUGCUCCAAUACUUGCAGUAUUACUACAAUGGAAUCUUUGGAUUAUUGUGAGGCACACAUCUAAACAAUCAAGAAUGUAUUUAGUGUUGUGAUCCUGAAAUGCUUUAUAUCACUUGAGGAUUGUUAGUCUAGACUGAUCAUGAGUUGCCUGCCUUCUCAUUAAUAAGGAAUGGACAUUUCUCCAGUUUGGGUACUACUUCCCAUUUGCUCAACUUCAA